AUGAAUGUGGAUGAUGAAAGUCGAUUACGAAAUGUGUUUUGGGCAGAUGCAAGAUGUAGGGUUGCAUAUGAAUAUUUUGGUGAAGUCAUAACUUUCGACACCACUUAUUUAACAAAUAAAUAUGACAUGCCUUUUGUUCCUUUUGUUGGCGUAAAUCAUCACGGUCAGUCUAUGUUGUUGGGUUGUGCUCUGUUGUCAAAUGAGGAUACUGAAACUUUUACUUGGUUGUUUAAGACAUGGUUAGAAUGUAUGCAUGGACGUUCUCCAAAUGCCAUAACUACUGAUCAAGACAGAGCAAUGAAGAAUGCAAUUGAGAUUGUCUUUCCGAAAGCUCGUCAUCGAUGCAAAAGUGAUUUUAUGACGAGGUGGGAAAAUAUGAUUGAGUUUUACAAACUACAGGAUAAUGAAUGGCUGAAAGGGUUAUUUGUUGAGCGACAUCGUUGGGUCCCUGCAUAUGUAAGGGACACAUUUUGGGCUGGAAUGUCAACUACACAACGAAGUGAAAGUAUGAACUCUUUUUUUGAUGGAUAUGUAAGCUCAAAGACAACAUUGAAGCAAUCUGUUGAGCAAUAUGAUAAUGCAUUGAAAGAUAAGAUUGAAAAGGAAAACAUUGCUGACUUUCGUUCUUUUAAUACAGUUAUUUCUUGUAUUAGUCACUUUGGCUUUGAGUUCCAAUUCCAAAAAGCAUUUACCAAUGCAAAGUUUCAGGAAUUCCAAUUGGAAAUAGCUUCUAUGAUGCACAUCCUUCGUGUGCUUAAGCUCAUUGGGAAAACAGAUUUCGUGUCAUCUAAUUAUAUUUUGGCACGGUGGAGGAAGGAUAUAAAGUGGAGGUAUACACUUAUUAAAUGUGGUUUUGAUAAUUUGGUUGGAAAAACUGAAUUGCAACGUGCAGGUAAAGCUUGUGAUGCCUUUUAUGAAUUUGCUUCAACGAGGAUAAAUAGUGAAGAUGAUUUAGUGAAAGUGAUGAACUUAAUUCAAAACAUGAAAAUUGAGUUACCAUGUAAUGAAACAUCUCCUAGAAUUGUAGAAGAAGAUUGUUCAGCUCAAAACCAAGCUACCAUUCUUGAUCCUAAACUAGCUCGAAGUAAAGGGCGUCCUCCUUCAAAAAGGAAGACUUCUAUAGUUGAUCAGAUUGUGAAGAAGAAGCUUGCACAAAAGAAAAGUAUAAAAAACAACCAAAAUAGUAAAAAUAUUCGAGUUCAAGAAGAGGGCCAAUGUUCAUCUAGAGGUCAAGAAAUUGAACACGAAGUGUUUUACAGUUCUCAACUUGGUGAUAGAAUUGGAACACAAGAGAGCAUUCAAGUAAACAAAGCAUAUACUAGUCAUGCAAAUCAGAGACUAAGAUUGCAUGUAGUUCAAAGUACUUCAAAUGAAGAGAUUAUUAGGUAUCAAAUUAUUGAUGGGACUGGGUCACAAGACAAUAUUCAUGAGCAUAACUAUGUUUGUAGUAGUGAAAAUGGUAGUGUGAAUACUUUAGCUCCCUUCAAUCCAAAUCAAGAACAUUUUGGUCAAGCUCCUUAUUACUCUCAGGUCACAAACUAUAAUGCUACUUGUUCUGAUUUGUUGCAGAGAUAUGGGGUAUACAUAUGUGCACAAUUUGUUAACAUACCUGAUUCACAAAGGCGAGAGCACGGAAAGAUAAGACGACGACGAUUCACAAAGGCAAGAGCACGAAAACGAGAAGACGACGACGUCGCUAGUUCACUAGUUCACAACUAA